GCUUGAUCAAGAGUUUCCUCUUAACAAAGGAUGGGCCUUGAAAGAGAACCUAAAACUUGGUAAUAAGGGUGGGGGAAAACGUAUAUCAAAAAAGGUGGUUCAGUAUUUACAAGGUUACUUUUUGACUGGAAACUUGAGAGCCGUGGAUCGUUAUUCACCUGAAAAUAUGCAUACCUGUUUAGAAGAACUUGCUGCAGAAGGAGAAAUUGUCUUGGAAGAAAUAUCAACAGUAAAAACUAUCAAAGGGUGGAUAGGAAGGUACAGUGCCAAUUUCAAGAAAGAAGCAUCAGAGCGAGCAUUGGUAGAGAAUAAUAAGGAAAAUAUAAAUAUUGAAGGAAAUGUUGAAGAAUCAGCAAAAUUUAAUAAUAAAGCUACUAUGAAAUCUUCAUUUCCUCUAUCUAAAAAUUUCGAAACUCUAAAAAAAUAA